AUGCCUGCUGCUCGACCACGACCUCCUCGUCGUUCUGCACGACUCAAAGUGCUGCAGACACCCUUUCAAAAAGAGAGAAUCUCCAUGGACCAAAUGUCAGGGCCUCCGAAGUUUCAGAUACAAUGGCUAUCUGCUCCCUUCCGCACCCAGAAGGUCGUUGACUACCUCCAUGACCACUCAGCUGAUUGUCGGAUAUUAUUCCCCUCUGAAGUAAAACAAUCACACCCUGAUGAUGGCCGCCCCUCGGCCAAAGAUAAAGUCUCAAUCUGCGCUAUCAUUGCCAAGCAUGUCUUUGAGGAUGAUGGUGACUAUAUGGACCACUAUGCAAAUGCACCAGAUAAAUUCCAAGACUUUACGAACAAUCACAUCCAGGAUCUCAAAAAAAAUAUUGUGAAUGCCAUGAUUGAUUGCAUGCCACUGGUGCUGGUGUUUUGCCGCAGGAUGAACACGCUGCCCAGAAUUUAUGUGGUACUCAAAGAAUUUCCGUGGUACAACGAUCUUGCUAUCAUUUUGAGGGGGAAUCCAGCAUUGUCCUCUCGAAUGGUUUCAUCACACCCAAGAAUGGACCACGCCGCCAAUUUUUUUUCAAUCUCACAUUCAGCUGGGAGCUCAUACUCUAAUGGCUCAAAUUCUGGAAGCGCUCAGUAUGGCUAUGCCCCUGGCACUCAUCCUCAGCCUAAUCUUGCCAGUGCUAAUCCUCCUCCUGGCGCUUAUCCUCCUCCCGGCGCUCAUCCUCCUCCCGGCGCUCAUCCUCCUCCCGGCACUUAUCCUCCUCCCAGCACUUAUCCUCCUCCCGGCACUUAUUCUCCCGGCACUUAUCCUCCCGGCACUUAUCCUCCUCCCAGUAGUCACUAUGGAUUCAGUCACGCCCCUCAGCCCUAUCAGAUGGGCUACCGUGAGGAGCAUGCCCAGCGCCCCCAGUAUCAUACUCAAUCUCACAGCACACCUCCCCCCUCUGACUCUCCUCUCAAUGAGGAUGAGGACAUCAACAUGCUAGAUUAUUCUACCCUUCCCAGUGAUGGGGAGGGGACAGAUUUUUUGUUUGGUGACCUACCACCACGCAAUCACCCUGUGAUGCCUGAUUACCGGGACGAACCUAAUGUCAUCAUCCUGGAUAGUCCACCUAAGUCUAGGCCUGCAAGAUCGAAUCGCAGUUCCUUUGCACUCGCUGAUCCGAAGAAACGUCCAGGCACGGCGUCACCCAAGCCUGUCUCUCGCCGCUCUUCAGGGUCGUCCUCACAGUCUAGACUGUCGUCGUCAUCGGCGCCUGCAGCGCCGACAUCUAAAGCUGCAUCCUCCACGGGCAAAUGCAAGCAGACGAAGAAGGCACGGUCCAAUAUUCAGAGCCAAGUUGAUAUGAUCAAGGACGAGAUCGGGAAUGCGCAGUUGGAUAGCACCUCGCACCUCAGCACCCAGCACUUAGGACACAGGCCUCAGGCCUCAGGCCCAUCAUGGUCAUCACCUUAUCAAAUGUCAUGCAUGCAAGUCUUAUCAGAUGCAGACCCACCUGACCAGCAGCACCUCAUUUUCACUGGCAAUCCCUCCUCCUCCUCCUCCUCCCCCAGCCGCUUAACUGUCGUGUCUCCCAUCUCUGCGGAGGGACACAGAUCUUUGUCAAGUCCCUCCUCCUCCUCCUCCUCCUCCUCCUCCUCCCCCGGCCGCUUAACUGUCGUGUCUCCCGUCUCUGCGGAGGGACACAGAUCUCUGUCAAGUCCCUCCUCCUCACAUCUCCUUGCUGGUCUUUUUUGCGAGAAGGAGAUACUAAUUUUGAUGUUCAGUCUUGAUGCUGCUGGUAAGACUAUCCUGUAUAAGCUCAAAUUUUAA